AUGUUGGUUCUCGGCACCGAGCUUGACCUCACCCAGAGCUUUUGGUCCCGCGAAAUUCAGUGGUGGUUGAACGAGCAGUCCGUUGAGUCCUUUCCUAACCAUCAAUCCAAAAUGGCUGAGAUCGACCGCGCCUACCGCAAGCAGCACCUCUUCCAGAACGCCAAGUCGAAGGGCGGCAAGAAGGUUGCCACCAAGACCCGUCGCUGGUACAAGGACGUCGGUCUCGGCUUCAAGACUCCCUUUGAGGCCAUCAACGGCACCUACAUCGACAAGAAGUGCCCCUUCACCGGCGAUGUCUCGAUCCGUGGCCGCAUCCUCUCCGGCGUUGUUCACUCGACCAAGAUGACCAACACCAUCAUUGUCCGCCGCGACUACCUCCACUUCAUCCCCAAGUACCGCCGGUACGAGAAGCGCCACAAGAACCUUGCGGCCCACCUUUCGCCCGCGUUCCGUGUUGAGGCUGGUGACAACGUCACCGUCGGCCAGUGCCGCCCCCUCUCGAAGACUGUGCGCUUCAACGUCCUCCGUGUCGCCAAGAGCAAGGCGGCCAAGGGCUUCAGCAAGUUCUAA